GCGUUUGCAUUUGAUACUGGUCGACAAGUCAAAGACUCUACAGUAGUCACCUAGAGCUCAACGCCUGUCCUCAUCGAGGACAACGAGCUGGUUGCGCGGUGAAGCAGUGCUGCGACUGGGCGCACCAAUUGUCUCCGCGAAGAUAUGGUCUUGGCGUUAAUCCGACAGAUGCUGGCUGAUUGCUUCGAGGCGAACAGCAGGGGGCAGAUAUUUCGAGAUGAAGGGUGGCAGGCGAUCUCUACAUCAAUAAUUGCCGAGCAGCUCGCCAAGCGCGGGCUUCAAUGGGCGCGCGAGAGCUUUGUGAUGGCUGCCUGCUCUGUUGACUAUGGCUAUAGCGGCAUUGUCUGCUCGAUUGCCUGCUCAUCUUCGUUGCUUGAAGUCUGUCAUCCGCAAUAGGUACCAUUCCGACGACGCUGAAUGCACCCUCGACUGCAGCGGUGACUGAUUCGACAUCGUCAAGACUGCCCGCAUAGACCUCGAUGCCUUUUGCCUCUAGCUCUGCUGCAGCUGG